CAAUGGGAGGAUGGUGCCUGCCCUGGUGCUUUGGCUGGCUGUAUGCCUCAGUGGGACGUGGGCUGUAGAUCGGGGGAAUUUCAAGACCUGCGAUCAGAGUGCCUUCUGCAAGCGUCAGCGAGCAUUGAAGCCUGGCCAGUCCCCCUACCGAGCGCUGCUAGAGACUAUGGAGCUGACCAACACCAGGCUCACCCUGCAGCUCAUCAAUGACAACAACAAGGUGCGUCUGCUGCUGGAGCUCUAUCGUCUCCAGGGCAACAUGACAAGGGUGAAGAUUAAUGAGCUGAAGCCACUGAAGCCUCGCUUUGAGGUCCCAGAUGUGCUCAUCCAGGAGCCGCCUACUGAGCCCCUGUCUCUCCUGUCCAAGGAUGAGAAUGGAGUGGUUCUGUCAUUGGGGGCGGAGUCCCAGAGAGUCAUCGUCAGUGCCCAGCCCUUCCGAUUAGACAUCAUGGAGGGGCAUGAGGUACUAAUGUCCCUAAACUCCCGUGGUCUGCUGGCCUUCGAGCACCUGAGGAUGCGCAAGGACACUUUCUCCUAUAAAGUAACUAGCACAGUGGCUAGCGUGUGGGAUAAUAUCAAGUGGGUAUUCUCUAGCAGUCAAGCGGACCCGGAGGCUGAGAAGAAAGAGGAAGCUGAUCCGGCAAAUCAGGCCGAGGAGCAGACCGCAAAAGAUGAUGAGGAGAAGGUGGAGGAUGGGAUGUGGGAGGAAACGUUUAAAUCGCAUUCAGACAGCAAACCCAAUGGCCCCUCCUCUAUCAGUUUAGAUUUCUCUCUACCUGGGGUGGAGCACGUCUAUGGCAUUCCAGAACAUGCGGACACCCUCAAACUAAAAACCACAGACGGUGGGGAGCCAUACCGGCUUUAUAAUCUAGAUGUGUUCCAGUAUGAGCUGUACAACCCAAUGGCUCUGUAUGGCGCUGUCCCAGUCAUGCUAGCCCACAAUGCCCAGCGCACCACCGGCAUCUUCUGGCUCAAUGCUGCAGAGACAUGGGUAGACAUCAGCUCCAACACAGCAGGAAAGACAGUGUUUGGGAAGAUGCUGGACUAUGUGCAGGGCUCCAGUGAGACGCCACAGACAGAUGUGCGUUGGAUCUCUGAGAGCGGUAUCAUCGACGUUUUCAUCAUGCUGGGACCAACGCCCUAUGAUGUCUUCUCCCAAUAUGCCUCCCUCACAGGCACCCAAGCCUUCCCUCCCCUGGCGGGCCUGGCAUACCAUCAGUGCCGCUGGAACUACAAUGACCAGGAGGAUGUGCAGUCUGUGGACGUAGGCUUCGACCAGCACGACAUCCCUUACGACUUCAUCUGGCUGGACAUCGAGCACACGGACGGCAAGCGCUACUUCACCUGGGACCCGCAUAAGUUUGCCACACCCAAAGACAUGCUGGAGGCUCUUAUGGUCAAGAAACGCAAGAUGGUGGCCAUUGUGGACCCUCACAUCAAAGUAGACAGCAAUUACAAGAUCCACAAUGAGAUCCGUUCUCGGGGCUUCUACGUAAAAAAUAAAGAUGGAGGAGACUACGAGGGCUGGUGCUGGCCUGGUAAUGCAGGCUACCCAGACUUCACCAACCCAGAGAUGAGAUCCUGGUGGGCUAGCAUGUUUGCCUAUGAUCAGUAUGAGGGCUCCAUGAAGAACCUGUACACUUGGAACGAUAUGAAUGAACCGUCAGUGUUUAAUGGGCCGGAGGUCACCAUGCACAAGGACGCCAUGCAUGGCGCAUGGGAGAAUCGCGACGUGCACAACCUCUAUGGCUUCUAUGUGCAAAUGGCCACAGCAGAAGGCCUGAUCCAGAGGUCAGGGGGAGUGGAGCGCCCAUUUGUCCUGACCAGGGCUUUCUUUGCUGGGUCACAGCGCUAUGGUGCUGUGUGGACAGGCGACAAUGCUGCUGAGUGGGAACAUCUGAAGAUCUCCAUCCCCAUGUGUCUGAGUCUGGGUCUGGUCGGGAUCUCUCUCUGUGGGGCGGAUGUGGGCGGGUUCUUCAAGACUCCCAGCAGUGAGUUGCUGGUGCGCUGGUAUCAGACAGGAGCCUACCAACCAUUCUUCAGGGCCCACGCCCACCUGGACACCCCCCGCCGCGAGCCCUGGCUCUUUGGCCCUGAGAACACUGCGCUGAUCCGUGAGGUGGUGCGCCAGCGCUAUGCUCUGUUGCCCUACUGGUACCAGCUGUUCCACCAUGCAUAUCACACUGGACAUCCAGUCAUGAGACCCUUGUGGGUGGAGUAUCCUCAGGACUCUGCUACGUUUGCAAUGGACAACCAGUUCUUGAUUGGGAGAGACCUGCUUGUGCACCCUGUGACUGAGGAGGGGGCCAGGGGAGUCACUGCAUACCUGCCUGGUAAAGGAGAGGUCUGGUUUGAUGUCCACACCUUCCAGAAACACAAUGGAGCCCAGAACCUUUACAUUCCUGUCACUAUGAGCUCUAUUCCUGUAUUCCAGCGUGGUGGAUCCAUUAUUCCCAGGAAAGUCAGAGUUCGCAGGUCUUCCUCGUGCAUGGAAAAUGAUCCCUACACCUUAUACGUGGCCCUCGGCCCCCAGAGAGCUGCAGAGGGGGAGCUCUACAUUGACGACAGCCACACCUUCAACUUUGAGAAGAAGGAGUUCAUUCACAGGAGACUGUCCUUUGCCAACAACAUCCUUUCUUCUAUUAAUCUGGCUCCAGAUGCACAAUACUCUACCCAGUCCUGGAUUGAACGCAUCCUCAUACUGGGAGCCAGUAAGCCCAGCAAGGUCACCCUCAAGACUUCUGAUGGUCAGGAGCGCCAAGUGGAGUUUGAGUUUGACUCCUCCAUGUCAGUUUUGACGCUUCGCAAGCCCGGCAUGAAUGCUGGGGCAGACUGGACGGUGGCGCUUCAGUAAAGAUGGAGACCCAACUGGACUGAACAGGAGAGGGAAAGCGAGGGACCCAGUGGACUACGCUACAGGCCCUUAUACAAAGAAACCAACGAAAGCAAGAGGAGAAGACUGCCUCACUCAUGAUGGAACAUGGAUAACAUAAACUGCGGACCUUAACACAAACAAACAUACACACACACACACACUUGAAAUACACAUACAGUUCUUGGCAUUCUCACACAGGCUGUUUUUCUGUAAAAGUGAAAUCUUUGAGAUUCUCCCAGACACAUUCAGUAUCUAAACUCACACGAAGUUACCUGGAUAAAGCCACGUUGUCAUGUCUCUGCCAUGUCCUGCUCCUGCUCCUGUUCAGUCAAAUUAAUGCCAGUUGGUCAAGUAAAAGGAGGAUUACAACCAGAUAAGUAGUUUUGUUUGUCACAUCAUAUUUCAGUAAAGAUCAAAAUAAAUUAGCAAUUCAAAAGAUGAAGUUACUGUAAUGGGUAUUUGAAAGUAGACGGAAAACAUUCAAGAACUUUUUUUUUGUGUGUGCCCCCCCCCCCCCCCAAAACACCAUCCAUCCAAUAUGUCUCAGAAUAACUAACAUCACAGCGGAGAAUUUUGGCCGUUUUUUUUUUUUAAGAUGAAGGUGCAAAUUUAGGUUCACAUGGUCCAUUUAAUACCUGAUUCCGUCUUUAAGGCCGUGUGUCCCUCAUUUGAGAUCAUAUCAAAGUUCAUUCCAUCCCCUGUCUAGCGCCAGCACUUCAGGCGUGGGAAAUCAACCUCCGUUACUCAUGCUGCACUUCAUAAAGGGUCGCGUGUAGGGAGAACGGAUCAGUGGUGCCCUGUGUGAAUCUGUAUAAUGUCCUGUGCAUUUCUUUUUUUUUUCUUUUUUAAUUUAUUGAAGGAAAAAUAUCUGCGACAAAUCAAGGCUAUUUCAUUACUAAUUCAUCUCUACAAUUUGAAUUUGUGCACCCAAAUGAAUUUUGCUAUCUCUGAAUUAGUUAACACCAUCUAACAAUGACUACUUAACAGAGAGGUUUUAUUUGGAGGGGGGUUGUCAAUUUUUGGUAAUUUUGAACAAAAUGCUAUUUGACAUCAUGAACUGUUCAGGGUAUUGCACCACUGACUAUGUUGAAGAUUCAUCCUGUUGGCGGAUUUUCUUUAUUUUUGUCAUGUUUUUUCAUGCCAAACUUAGUUUACCUUUUCUUGUGAUUCCUUUACAAAACUGCACUCACAGAAAAAAAAGCUAAAAAGCAGUUUGGGUAUCGUUUGUGUUACAUUUGAGGUGGGAGGGGUUGCUCGAUACUGGAAUGGUCCAGGAUUUCCAGGGUGUCAUUUUAACAUUCAUAUCUAAUUGGGCAAGUCACACGUAAUCCUUGACCCGUAUGUUUAAGUGCUGAGUGCCCACUGAAGGCUUUUUUUUUUUUUGGCUUUUGAUGAUUUUUGUCCUCAAAAGUCACAUCUAAAUGUGAACAGAGCAACUGUAAAUAUUCAUUAGGACCUCUGGAGACUCUGGAGCCAGCCCUGACCAGUCACAGCAUCUGACCCUUUUUUGGGAGCAUUUUAAAUGUCUUGAGAUUGUGUUCUUGAUUAUUUUACCGAUCAAGUUGUACAUUUGCUUCAAUGUUUUUGGAGAUUGAGCGUUUUAUUUGGACAGAUGUACUGAGCUGGUAGAGUGGAAGGCAGAGUCUGCAAAUGUCAAAAUCAAAUUUGUCAGAUGUACUUUACAAAUUGAGACCAAGUGAAAAUAAAUGACCAAAUGUUA